AUGACGGCAUUUGAUAAUGACGAAAAUACGCUGAGCAUAAGUCACACACCCUUGCCCAUGGCAUUGCCGUUUCCUUUUCAGUUUGAAAGCGUCGUGCCCAGGCCACCAUCAACGGUUUGGGAUUACGUGCUGUCACUGCUCUGGAUGGUUGGAAAGACGUUGGGCCUGUUCCUCUUUUUAUUGUUCUCUGCCCCAGUUUUGCUGCUGUUGCAUUGGCUUCUUAUGCUGCUAGACCGGCGCAAUAGGCGAGCCGUCCUGCGGCACCAGCAGCUGUGGUCGUUCAAGAGCGUGCCGCACGUGCGUCCGGUGCGGGUCGCUGCGUCACGGGAGUUUCCUCUUGAGAAUUGGCACCUGCGCUGCGAGGAUGGUCGACAGCGGUGGUGCUACGGCGAGUUGUUGAACGAGGAGGAGGGCAAUACACUCGGCAAGAUGCAGGCCGCAGGGUUGGCGUUUUUCCCGUCCAGGGACGUUCCCAUGGUGGGGGAACACUACGAGUGGGCUGCGGGAAACGCCGUCUCGCCGACGCAGGAGCCAGACAUGCGGGCGAUCAAGGAAAAACGGCGCCGUUUCGUGGAACAGUACCAACUCGGUCUCAAGACAACAGUGGAGGUGCGUCGACGUGCGUCGUCGGAAGACGCCGUGAGGGACGGGGUGGAGUUUCUCCUUCAGUUGCAGGAUCCGUACUCCGGACACUGGCCAAACGAUUACAGUGGACCACUGUUUUUGACCCCUGGUCUCAUUUUUGUCAAGUUCCUGAUCGCGGGUGGGGAUCUUCAUAAGAUGUUCCUCCCGCACAAGGACCAUCAUCACAAGGAUGACAAGCCGUGUUGUUGCGGGGAGGCAGCACGGUUGGAGUUGAUACGCUACCUGCGUAACUACAUUAACAAGGACGGAGGCUUUGGGCAGCAUACGGAGGGGCAUAGUACGAUGCUCGGGACGGUGCUUAACUACGUUGCUUUGCGCCUGAUGGGUGUGCCGGCCGAGGAUGCCGAUGCUGCAGGGGCGCGGGCGUGGAUACGUGGUCAUGGCGGUGCGGUUUCCAUCCCAACCUGGGGCAAGGUAUGGCUGUGUAUUGUGGGUCUAUACAGCUGGGAUGGCAUUAACCCCAUUCCUCCGGAGCUUUCACUCCUGCCAAAUUGGGUUCCGUUGUCUCAGGGACGACUAUGGUGCCACAGUCGCGUCGUUUCCGUGCCCUUCUCUUACCUGUACGGUACGCGAUGGACGCCUAAACCUCAUCCCCUCUUGAGACGUCUUCGCCAAGAAUUGUACACAGAACCAUAUCAUCAAAUAUCAUGGGAACAACACCAGAGUAACAUCUGCAAGUUGGACUGUUACACACCACUUUCCUCUACAUACAAAUUCACCGCGAAAAUGUUUAAAUUAUAUGAAAAGCUUCACAGUAAGGCUCUCCGCAGGUAUGCGUUGGAGGUGGCCUGGUCCCAUAUUGCGUACGAGGAUGAGGACACCAAUUUUAUAUGUCUUGGACCUGUAAACAAAUUAUUGGAUAUGCUUAUUACAUGGAUUCGAGAGGGCGAGAGUAGUGGACGUUAUCAGAAUCACCUCACUCGUGUAGAUGAUUAUUUAUAUAUGGGACCAGAAGGAAUGCGUAUGAGCGGUUACAAUGGAUCCCAGCUGUGGGAUACUUCUUUUGCUGUACAAGCCAUAUGCGCUGGUAGCAUGGAACUUUUGUACCCACAGGAGAUGGACCUCGCCCAUCACUAUGUGGAUAUUGCGCAGGUGCGGAGGGACCCCAAGGCAGCGGCCUCCUUCUACCGCCAUCGUACAAAGGGUGCAUGGAAUUUCAGUACCGCGACACAGUCGUGGCAAGUGUCAGACUGCACUGCGGAGGGUCUACGUGUGAUUCUGUUGUUGCGUCAUAGACCAUUUUCUGUCUCCCGCAUGCGUGACGCUGUGGAUGAGAUUCUUUCACUACGAAACAAGAAGGCUGGUUGGGCUUCCUACGAACCCAUGCGUGCACCGGCCUAUGCAGAGCUUUUCAAUGCGGCCGAUGUGUUUAAGGAUGUGAUGACGGACUACGGCUACGCUGAGUGCAGCAGCAGCUGUAUCCACACCUUGGCUCUCUUUCGUCAACAUUACCCGGGGUACCGACGGACGGACGUCAACACUGCCAUCCGCGAGGGUAUACAAUUCGUCUUGUCUUUGCAACGACCCGACGGUAGUUUUUACGGGAGCUGGGGGGUUUGCUUCACCUACGCGGCGUGGCUUGUGGCCAGCGCACUUUGCAUCUCCCGUGAGAUUGCUGACAUGGCUAAUCACCCAUCCUGCGUGCGUCUCAUUGACUUCUUGCUUUCCCAUCAGAAUGCCGACGGAGGUUGGGGCGAAGACGUUACCGCCUGCAUGCGUUCACUCUGGGUUGAUAGCCCGAGUGGCAGCCAGGUUGUGAACACUGCCUGGGCGGUGAUGGCAAUCAUGUCAGCCGCCGGGGAGGCAGCUCGUGUGCCGCCAAAGCGGCGGGAGCAAAUCCGUGUCGCUGUGGAGCGGGGCAUUCACCUUAUCAUGUCGAGGCAGCUUGUCACAGGGGACUGGGCCCAGGAGCGCAUCAGUGGCGUGUUCAACGGCAACAACCCGAUUAACUACCCGGGGUACAAGAAUACGAUGCCGGUAUGGGCGCUGGGGGCGUACAACGCCUGGAAGAAAACCUACACCGUCCCACGGUACCACAGUAUCAGUCUUCCGGGUGCAUUUGGGCUUGCGGGGAAUAACUGA